AUGUCCAUGGACCUGCAAGCCAACCCUGUCAAUGAGAUCCUGUAUGUGAGCUUCAACCAGGAUUUCACCUGCUUCGUCUGCGGCACAGAGAGCGGAUUCCGCGUCUACAGUGCGGACCCUUUCCACCUCACUUUCCGAAGAGAUUUCGAGGAUGGCAGCGGCUUGGGGAUCGUUUGCAUGCUGUUCCGGACGAACAUCUUGGCCUUCUCGGGGGGCGGAAAAAAUCCGCGGUUUCAACCCCACAAGGUUGUGCUUUGGGAUGAUCGGCACACCCGGGUCAUGGCCGAGCUCAGCUUCAAGACAACCGUGAAGUCUGUGAGGCUCCGGCGGGACCUGGUGGUCGUGGCCACUCUGAACAAGGUGUGGGUGUAUGGCUUCAAGACUCUGAGCCUCCUGGACUCAAUCGAGACCACAGACAACCCCAAGGGUUUGUGUUACCUCUCGUCUGGAGAUCGCAUCGUGCUCGUUUGCCCGGGCAGACAGCAGGGCAGCGCACUGGUGGUGUUCUAUCCGGAGAACUAUGGAGACCCCUCCGCCCCAGGGGAGAGGGAGCGCACCAUCAUCAAGGCUGCUCACGACUCCCCCAUUGCAGCCAUAGCUUUGGAUGCAAACUGUUCCUUGAUUGCGACGGCAUCAGAGAAGGGAACAAUAGUUCGAGUGCAUGAAUUGCAGCGUGACGGUCUGGCACAGGAGCUGAGAAGGGGCUUGGACAGAGCGGAGAUCCACUCCCUCACCUUCUCUCCGUCAGGCGAGUAUUUGGCCGCCUCUUCGGACAAGGGAACGGUGCACCUCUUUGCCAUCCAGCGGCCAGGCGGAAGUUCCGCCUCAUUUGGCUACAGCGCUGAGGCAAGCACUUCCAAUGCGAAGUCAAGCCUGCAGAGACUGUCGAGGGUUCUGCCUGCCUAUUUUUCCUCUGAGUGGAGUUUGGCACAGUUUCGCGUCCAUGACUACCGCUAUAUCGCUGCGUUUGGGACUGAUCCGCACACUGUCAUCAUCGUGUGCGCGAAUGGGUCUUACUACAAGGCUCGCUUUGACCCGUCGAAGGGGGGCGAGAUGGUACGAGAGGAGUACCACCAAUUUGAUGAUGCCUCUGCUGGGGGCGGCACUACCAAAGCGCGAGAGCCGACCGAGGAGCCAGAGGCGGAGCCGAGCCAGGCGCAGCUUGCCAGCCUGACUUGA